GGGGAAAGUACUGGUGGGGCUCACUUUUCUAAUAUCUGCUAUCCAAGUCCAUAUACAGCACCCAUUGCUGUGGGGUGGGCCAAGGUGGGGAAAUGGUGCUGGUGAACAAGGAGCGGGUAGAUGGGUUCCUCAGGGCACGUGGAGUGCAGCGAGAGGGAGGGAAAUGGGCCAGACUAGAGGGUCUGAUGGUGGAGGGUCAUGGGCAGAGGGGCACCUACCUAUUCCCCGUCUGCAUUAGAGAAAUUUGCUCUGGAUUAAGCCGUGUUGGUGUGAGCCCUGCUUUACAUCAGCGCAGACCUUCCUCAUUAGGGGCUUACACCAAUGUAGUUACCAUGACAGUGACUCAAAUUCAGCCUAGAUGGGAUUUGAAGGGCUUAAAAAUGUCAAAUGUGCAUACAGCAAAACUAAUGGGGGAGUGGGGUUUGAGGCAGUGAGACGGGCUGGGGCGGCUGGUGUAGUUGUGAAGCUAGUGAAAUACUGUGCAGAGAUGACAGGUAGUAGUCAGGGGCCGAGUGGGAGCAGAGCAGGCUGGAGAAUCGGAAAGAGAAGCAGUAGUGAUCGCCUCAUUAAAAUCACAAUUGUAAAAAACAAAACCAGCAUCCAGGGUCUUAUUACUGCAACCCUUGCCCUCCCUUCCCUCCUCACUGAGUGAAAGUCACAAACAUUGCGUCUAUCCCCAGUCCUGCAGGUACCUGUGCAGCUUUAUGACUGUUGGGAGCAGCUCCAUUGUAGGGAAUGCGGCUACUCAUUUUAAGUAAAGGCAACCUGGUGUAAGCAAACCUUACUGAAUUAAACUCGUAGUCCCCUCUUUGAACGGUCAGGCUCACGGGGGAAACUGAGGCCCACAGUGCAAUGCCUUGGUCAAGGUCACACAGCAUGUCUCUAGCAGAGGCUGGAGUAAAACCCCACCUGACACCCAGGUCUGUGAAGCAGCCACAGCCCUCUCCUGGGAAUAUGCAAUGAGACACUCCCUUUUCAGGAAGCGGAGUGGGUGGAAAAGGAGGAAUUUGCUUCUAGUUAUUUUGCUGCCUGAUCUUGCUGAAAAAUCUCCUGCUAAUUUCAGUGGGGGCUGAAUUUGUGAGCCUGGGAUUAAAUUUUUUUUUGCUUCCUCUCUACUAGGAACCUGUUGGUAAUUUCAACCCUCUUGUAGCCAGCAGUGGAUUGACUGAAACCUUCACCAAUGAGAUCAGCAGCUGCUUGAGCUCACCAGUGAGUGGAAACUAGAGGCCGAGCUCUGCACUCUUGCCAGUUUGAGACUCCUAUAGUUAGAGGUGCAUUUGGGAGCUGUGGGGAGGCUGGUGCACUGGCAGAUGGCUGUACUACUCGGCACUGGCAGAUGGCUGCGUUUGAUGCUCUCUCUCUGCGCCUGGCCUUUUGUUGAUGAGGGUGAAUUGGAUUGCUAGAGCAUAUUCUAUGCUUCACCUGCAUUAACUGAGCCUCCCAACUCCCUUGUGCCAUGGUCAAGUGUUGUGCCCAUUUACUAUUGGAGGGGAAACUGAGGCUGAGAAGGGAUUUACGCAUCAAUGAAUAUUUAUAUUUCCAAGUGCUGAGUCCCGGAGAUAUCCGCUACAUCUUCACUGCUACUCCGGCCAAAGAUUUUGGAGGCGUGUUUAACACAAGAUACGAGCAGAUACACCUGGUCCCGGCAGACCCUCCGGAGGCAUGUGGGGAGCUAAACAAUGGAGUCUUCAUCCAAGAUCAGAUCGCCCUGGUGGAGCGUGGGGGUUGUUCCUUCUUGUCGAAGACGCGUGUCGUCCAGGAGCAUGGCGGGAGGGCGGUGAUUAUCGCCGAUAAUGCGUACGACAACGACAGCUUCUACGUCGAAAUGAUCCAGGACAGCACAAGGCUGACGGCGGACAUUCCUGCUCUCUUCCUUCUGGGCAGGGAUGGGUACAUGAUCCGACGCUCCUUGGAACAGCACGGACUCCCCUGGGCCAUCAUCUCCAUCCCCGUCAACGUUACCAGCAUCCCAGCUUAUGAAAUGAUGCAGCCUCCAUGGACCUUCUGGUAGUGGGGAGAGAAAGGGAAGGUCUUGGAGCCUUCUGGAUGGAUUUGUUGAAGGGAUUGGCCCCUGCCUGCCCCAAAACUCCACAAUCCAAACUUACUGGGUGAUUCCCACCCAGUGCUGCAGCUGGUAGCCAGCUAAACUCCGACAUCAUCCUAUCGUUCGCCGUCUCCACCGGAUGACUUCCUCAGUAACUAUUUCCAGGCAGGGAGGCAGACACCCCCAAGUCCAAGAGGCCAGAGCGCGCUAGAGAAGCAUUUUGAGGUGCUGUCAGAUAGCAUUGCAUUGCAAACAAUGUCAGGUGCGCACGGCCAGUCUCAAGUGAAAAGAUAAGGAGUGGAUAAAGCGUAAAGAGGGGAAAGAGCAAUGCACAGGGGAUCAUCCUGGGCUAAUAGGACCCGCCAGGUUGGCCAGAAGUUUAUAUUUUGUGGCUGAGUGGGCCAGAAGCAUAAACUCAGGCAAGACGAGGGUGCCUGGAGGAGAGAGGAAGUAGCUCUGUGUGGGUUUGUCUUUCGGAGAUGGGGCUCAGAAGAGAGAGAUCCCUCCUGUUGAAAUCAAUCGGAGUUAGCCACCUAAAUCUCUUGGAGGAUCUGGGCUCGGACUCCAUCACGUCUAAGGGAACGGGGCUGCUGGAGCCUGAGGCUGGGCUGGAGACAGCCCAUAACCACAAGCGGAUACAGGAAUAUAAAGGGCCAAAUCAACUGCAUGGGCCAGAUUCACCUCUAGCAUAAGCCAGCACAACCCCCCUGGCUUCACCAGUGCAUGAGCCUGACACGUUCCCUGGCGACUGCAAGGUGAUGGGAGCCUCUAAUACCUUAUACUGUUCAAGGGCUUAAUCCUGUUCCCUUCAGUCAGGUCCCAAGUCCAUUGACUCAGAGCGGCUUUGGAUCUGCCCCUCGGACCAUGAUUCCCAGUGGAGGCAGGAGCGCAGCGGUUUAAUGGGAGGUGGGCGAAGCUGGCCAGGGCUUUGUGGCUUUGUGAGGGGCCAGAGCAGGGGGGGCUGGCCAGGGCAGGAGGGUCGUAAAGUUCCCAGCUAGGUUCAGAACUUGACCCCUUUUACGCUGCUAAUGCUGAGGUUGUUCUGAGCCAGGGUCUCAGCUCAGGCCCAGCUCUGCUUCUGACCCUUGGGAAGCUUUAACACGCGGCGGUUCUGAGUUAAGGCUUGGCCAGGUCCUAGGGGCUUGGGGCCGUACGCUAGAGGGUGCAGGGUCAGGGAGCCCAAAGGCUGCCUGGCUGAUGGGAGGCAGUGCUGGGUGUAGGAUCAAUCUAGACCAGUGUGGCUUUGCCCCUGGCUGGACCCCCUACGCCUUCCCCCAGCUAGCUCUGCCUCAGACGUGAGGCCAGCAAGGGGGGAAGGGAGCAGAGAGGAAUGAGCAGAGAGCUCAGUGCAUGGAGGCUGUUUGGAGUGGGUUGGGGAGGAUGUCGGCUGCUGGGGAUGAGGAGAAGGAAGGAGCUAUAAUUAGCAACGGAAGGGAUGGUGGAGGCCCUUGGGAAUGGAGGAGGGAGAUGGGGCAGCCUUAACUCCCCCUGGCCCCCGGCCCCAGAACCCAGUGUACAUGUGACACUCCCAUGGAUUGGAGCCUUGUUACCGUCCCUUGAAUGCUGCAGUCAGGAUUCAUUUGUGGCCAUGUGAUUUGAAGCCUGGCCUUCUGCAAGAUCGUGUAGCCCAGAGGCUGUUGCAACAGAGGGAGCCCAGGUCACUGGCAUGUUCCAGGGUUGAUGCAUUGGGAAAGUCCCCAUCAGACAGCAGGUUCCACUGACCCAGGACACACUCAUGCCCAAUCCUGCAAAAUCCUGCUUGCCCUGCACUCCUGUUAGCUGAAGGUGGCUGAAUGGCACUAGGGCUGCGUGGGUCUUGGCCCGGUUCGGCCUGGCUGCAGCUUUCAGUUCCUCCGUCACUGUCACCCAGGCAGGGAGUGUAUGAACUGCAGCCCCACACCCUGCUAGCUUGUUCCUUCCAUGCUGCUGCCGGCGCAGGGCUGGCAGAUCCCACUAGAUCAUGCCCCCUCCAGCUCCCAGGACCUGUCUGACCCUACAGGUGCCAGCUGGCGUUUGCCUUCAUGCUGUCAAGGCUAUAUUCAUUUGUAACAUGAACCCCUUCUUUAAUCUCUCUAAUAAAGCCUGAAGCUCUCA